CGCAGCUCCGGCUGACCGUCUUCUUGCCCCCAGCAGCAGCGGCUCCGCUCCGGCUCCUAUCCCGGAGACACCGGAGAGAGCGCCUCCAUUUUGACACCGACACCCGGCGCGCUCUUAGCGGACUCCGCGGCGGAGGGACACGUUGGCUCAGCCGCAGAGCGCCGGAGGUUCGGCGGCUCUACUUCCCGGGGCCCGAUUCCGCCUGUUGUCUCUCGGAUGGCGGCGCUGCGGCAGGACGCGGGGGAUCUGUGAGGACUUAACGAGUCCGUUUCUCCGUGGUUCAGCGGGGAGGAGGAUCGGCUUCUGGGGCUCAGGGUCUCUACGAGGAUGUGGCAGUGAGCAUGCUCGCCGUGCUGAUCGUAACCAUGGCGGUAUUGGGCGGCGGCGGCGGCCAGGCGUGCAGCGGCCAGGAUAAUUGCUCCACCCAGAGCGAAUCCAAGGACUACUGCUACUCCGCCCGCAUCCGCAGCACCGUGCUGCAGGGGCUGCCCUUUGGGGGGGUGCCCACCGUGCUCGCCCUCGACUUCAUGUGCUUCCUGGUACUGCUCUUCGUCUUUUCCAUUCUGCGGAAGGUUGCGUGGGACUAUGGCCGCCUGGCGCUGGUCACCGACGCCGACAGACUGAAGAAGCAUCUCAGCGGCCUGGAGGAGCGGGAAUACGUUGUCUCUGCGAUGCACUCCGAGACGCCCGACCGCUAUGAGCGUCUCACCUCCGUGUCCUCCUCCGUCGACUUCGACCAGAGAGACAAUGGUUUCUGCUCGUGGUUGACGGCCAUCUUCAGAAUAAAGGACGAGGAGAUCCGUGAGAAGUGUGGGGAGGACGCGGUGCACUACCUGUCCUUCCAGCGGCACAUCAUCGGGCUGCUGGUGGUGGUCGGCGUUCUCUCCGUCGGCAUCGUGCUGCCCGUUAACUUUUCCGGAGACCUUCUAGAAAACAAUGCUUACAGUUUUGGACGCACGACGAUCGCCAACCUGAAGUCUGGGACCAACCUGUUGUGGCUGCACACGUCGUUUGCCUUCAUGUAUCUGCUGCUGACGGUCUACAGUAUGAGGAGACACACCUCCAAGAUGCACUACAAGGAGGACGACCUGGUGAAGCGCACUUUAUUCAUCAACGGCAUCUCCAAGUACGCGGAGGAGAGUCAGAUCAAACAGCACUUUGAACAGGCCUAUGAGAACUGCACGGUGCUGGAGGCUCGGAUCUGCUACAACGUGGCCAGACUGAUGUCUCUGAACGCCGAGAGGAAGAAGACGGAGCGCAGUAAGAAGUUCUUCACCGACCUGAUGGCCAAGGAACACGUUCCCACCAUGAUCAACCCCAAGCCCUGUGGACACCUCUGCUGCUGCGCCAUCGCCGGCUGCGAGGAGGAGGAGGCGGUCAGCUACUACACCAAGACGGAGGCCAAGCUGAAGGAGGAGUACAGGAAGGAGAAGGAGAAGGUCCACACCAAACCGCUGGGCAUGGCGUUCGUCACCUUCCAGAACGAGUCCAUGACCGCCGUCAUUCUGAAGGACUUUAACGCCUGCCAGGUCCAGGGUUGCCGCUGUCACCAGGAGCCUCGGUCCUCUCAGUUCAGCGACGCGCUCCACGUUUACAACUGGAGCGUUUCGUACGCGCCCGACCCGCAGAACGUCCGCUGGGAGCACCUGUCGCUGGGGGGGAUCUCCUGGUGGAUCCGCUGCUUCAUCAUCAACGUCAUCCUCUUCCUCCUGCUCUUCUUCCUCACCACGCCCGCCAUCAUCAUCUCCACCAUGGACAAGUUCAACGUCACCAAGCCGGUGGAGUACCUCAACAACCCCAUCGUCACUCUCUUCCCCACCCUGCUGCUGUGGGUGUUCUCCGCCCUGCUGCCCACCAUCGUCUACUACUCGGCCUUCUUCGAGGCUCACUGGACCCGCUCUGGAGAAAACAGGACGACGAUGCACAAGUGUUACACGUUCCUGAUCUUCAUGGUUCUGCUGCUGCCGUCUCUCGGCCUCAGCAGCUUGGACGUUUUCUUCCGAUGGCUGUUUGACAGGAAGUUCCUCGCUGAUGCUAAAGUCAGAUUUGAGUGCGUCUUCCUGCCGGACAACGGGGCGUUCUUCGUCAACUACGUCAUCGCCUCCGCCUUCAUCGGUAACGCCAUGGACCUGCUGAGGAUCCCCGGGCUGCUCAUGUACAUGAUACGGCUGUGCCUGGCGCGCUCCGCCGCCGACCGCCGCAACGUCAAGAGGCACCAGGCUUACGAGUUUCAGUUCGGAGCGGCGUACGCCUGGAUGAUGAACGUCUUCACGGUGGUGAUGGCCUACAGCAUCACCUGUCCCAUCAUCGUCCCCUUCGGUCUGAUGUACAUGCUGCUGAAGCACCUGGUGGACAGGUACAACAUGUACUACGCCUACCUGCCCUCCAAACUGGACAAGAAGAUCCACUCGGGAGCCGUCACCCAGGUGGUGGCGGCUCCCAUCCUCUGCCUCUUCUGGCUACUGUUCUUCUCCACCGUCCGCACAGGUUUCGAGACGCCGACCUCCAUGUUCACGCUGGUGGUGCUGAUCGUCACCAUCGUGGUCUGCCUGUCUCACGUCUGCUUCGGACACUUCAAGUACCUCAGUGCUCACAACUACAAGAUCGACACCAAGGAGAACGAUGUGGACGUGGUGGAGAACGGACGUCCGGCUCGUCCCUCGUCCUCCCCCAUCCCCAAGUCUCAGACGCAGCAGCAGCAGCAGAUGUACAUUGCCCAGGUGCUCCAGGACCCGAACUCAGACGAGCCGGGUGGUGCUGGUGGUGGUGGCGGCGGCGGCCGCGGUGGCGGUGGCGGCGGCGGUGGUGGCGCUGGCGGCGGCGGCGAGGAGGACCGAGGGUCGUCCCAGGACGAGGAGCUGCUAAACGGAGGCAGCAGCAUCAACGAGGCGGAUUUUCAGUCGGGGGAGGACAGUCUGAUCGCCAACGAGGUCCACCAUUAGCAUUACCAUUAGGGGGUGGAGCUAGAGGGAGGGGCGGAGCUAGUUGAGGGUCCAAAGCUAUAGUACAGUUAGAGAGUUACGCUAACUGAAUCACUACACACACACACACACACACACACACACACACAGUUAGCUCUUCACCCUCCCCCCUCGAGGACUUCCAACAUCCAGUCCAGCACAUCUGUGGAAGCCAGAUGGACAUCGAACUGUCUCCACGUGUCCCGGUACAUCACCACAAAGCCAAACCUUUUCGUUUUGUUUCUAUGGCGUUUUUCGGGGUUGGGGGAGGGGUUUAGAAAUUGGUGCCUCGGCUGGUUUUUUUUUCUGUUUUGUUUUGCACUCGUGCCGGGACUCCACCUGUCGAGGGGUAAAGGCUGAUGCUGGAGCCUCCAAACAAACCCUCACCUCCAUCACCUCCACCCUCGCCCCCUUUACGUCCACCACUAACCCGUCACCACCGCCACCAUCCGAGUGCUCAAUAAGUUGCCAACUGCCAGCUCUCGUAGUGCCAGAAGCUUCUCAGAUAUCUCAGUCCCUUGUCCUGACCUCGUUCAACACCUUCAUCAUCACAUGGGAAUUGAGUCUUCUUCCUGCCGAGGUAGACCAUUAGGUCCUCUCUGGUCCACAGAGGGACUGUGGAGACAUGAGGUCCUCUCUGAUCUCAGCAGUAAGUCCUCCUUCCCUUCUGCUCGACCGCCGCUUUCCACUUCAUCCAAACACACAACGAAGUAGCGGGAAUGUUUGUGUAGGUUUAGUAUCCAGACUCUUUUCCUUCCCAAGUAGAACUUGAAGAAGCACCGACAGCAGCAGAAGUCCAGAUGCGGUCUGAAGCUGUCGGACCCUCAGAGGGGUGUGUGUGUGUGUGUGUGUGUGUUUCACUAAAUGUGUCCUCAUGCAAUUCAGUCAGAUGUAUCUUGUACAUUAUUUAUCCUAGCUUAGCACAAACACUGGAAGCAGGUG